UUUUACAAACUUUAACAGUGACUUCUGGCGAUUGUUCCGGAGGAAGAAGGCAAGCUUCACGAAUUUUGUUUUUCUCCCGCCUUGCAUUCAAAACUCCCACACACUUUCGCAUUCAUCAGUCUCUUCACUCACGCACACAAUACAACAACUAUGUACUUCUCCACCUCUCACCUCCACCACUUACCACCAACGCCACCACCAGAACCACCGUUAACAUGCGCCCAAGGCCAUAGCUCAACUUUGAUUAUUCCAACGGAUGAAGGCGGGUCGAUUUGCCUGCUCUGCUUGUCCAAUCUCAUUUCUAAUCCGAGAUCGCCGACUGUUCACGUUUCCUACGCUCUCUCCCAGUUAUCUAUUGCUCUUUCGCAACCGAGUUUUCGCCAAUCAUUCUUCACAUUCCACUCUCAUUUCCUCAUCUCUCCUCUCGUCGGCGUUCUAUCUUCCUUCGAUGAUGAAUCCAUCGCCAAGCAAACUACGGAUUUGAUUAUUCAUCAGUUGUGUGAAGCUCCGGACUGCAAUGUGCGUGCAGAGUUUGUGACUCGGCUCGUGGAUCAUCUUUCUAGUGGCUCUCUGGCUUGGAGUCAGAGACAGUUGUACACGCUUCACUGCUUAGGUCUUCUCUUGGAUUAUCAAAAUGACCAGUCCUAUGCUUGUUUCGAAGAAAGAGAUGCCCUCAUUUUCAAUCUCGUCAGCGGUCUUCAAUUGUCCAGAGCAGCUUGGCUAUCUCCUUUUGCCUUGAACAGAAUGUUGAGUUUUCAAUUCCUUCUUGACUACAGUGAAGAUAUUCAAGGGGAAAUCCUAUUCGUCCUAUACAAAUUAUUCCUUCUCAAUGUGUCUCAAGAUGGUGACUAUCCUCCCAGUUUAUUUGGCCAUUUCUCGAAGCUCCUUCAUUUAGCAUUGGAAGUUCUCAUGAAAGCUCAAAGUGAUGUUGUUCGCUUGAACUGUAUAGCAUUCUUAACAGUAAUGAUACAGAGAGGAUUCUUUCAAACUGCUUCUAUGACUGAAGCAACGAGCUGGAGUUCUUAUGAUGUUGACCACUUGAUGGAAACAAAUGAGCAGAUAUCAGAUGGGCCUCUAGUUAUCUUGUUUGCAGAGGCAGUCAAAGGCCCGCUGCUUUCUUCUGAUAAUCAAGUUCAAAUAGCAACUCUAGAUUUACUUUACCUCUAUCUGACGGGGAAAGAUGUCUUAGAAAAUGAAAUCCAAGUUUUUGUGGAAGAGAACAUUGCAGAUUAUGCAUUUGAAGUGCUGAGAUUGUCAGGAUGCAAAGAUCCAACAAUUAAAUCUUGUAUUCAGCUUCUUGAUCUUUUAGCAACUGCUGAGCAAGCAUUUAGACAGAGACUUAGAAUCGGAUUCAUGGCCCUGAUUCCAGUUCUGCAUCAUGUUGCUGAAAUUCCUUUUCACCCUGUACAGACCGAGACACUCAGGCUUAUUUGGAACUCUAUUGAGAACUGCCCUGGGGUGGUAUCCAAGUCUCAUGUGGAGGAAAUAAGCCUUUCUUUGACGGGGAUGCUCAAGAAAAAUCUUGAUGGAGAAAUAGGCAUGCUUCCAGAGACAUUCACUCUGGCCUGUUCAAUACUUGUUGCACUUAUGAAAAGUUCAUCUUCCUAUGAGAUUUCAAGUUUCUUACUAUCAAUUCAGGAGGCAUCAAGAAAUUGCAUCUUAACUUGUUUAAUUAAUUAUCGCAAAUACCCAGGUCAGUUUUGUAACUCUCUUCACCUACUGAAAGAGGCAUAUGCAUAUAGUUGCGGGAUGAAUCCCACAAGCUCCAUCAACACAGAACUUAGAAGAAGCAUUAUAGAUGUAUGUAAAACACAUAUAUUACCUUGGUUUAUGAGAUCCCUCCAUGAGAUAGAAGAUGAGGAUAUUGCAGUUGCAAUUCUUGAAAACUUCUAUUCCAUAUUGCUACAAGAGUCAGAUAUUGAAACCAAAAUAUUUGCAAAUGUUCUGUUCACGUCAUCCUGGUUCAGUUUUGCAUAUGGAUGUUUAGGUUUUUUGCCUUCAGAAAAGAUGAAAAUGAAGGUUUAUCUUAUCUUUAGUGUGAUGACCGAUAUCAUCCUUGGGGAUGAUUCUGGGCGAAGCAUUAGGGAUGCUGCUCCAUAUCUUCCAUCUGACCCUGUAGAUUUGCUUUUACUUCUGGGCCAUAAAAGCUCCCAAAAUCUUGAAUUGUCUUCUUGGCAACUGGCAGUUCUGCUGUUACUGUACAUCAGCUCACUAUAUGAUGAUAGGCUUGCAGAUGAUAAGCUUGUGUUAGCUUCACUGGAGCAGUACAUUCUACUUAACAGCAGCGAAAACACUCAUGGAGCUUCUGUUUUGGGAAUUUUUAUAAAUCUAUAUGCACUCUACAGGGGUCUAGCUAAGGUGAGCUACCAAAUCCCCUAUAGUCCAGAGGCUGAAAAGAUUGUGUUCCACCUGCUUUCUGAAAAGGACUGGGAUUUGCUAUCUACAAGAAUCCAUGUAACAGCUUUGAAAUGGUUGUUCCAACAAGAGAAAAUAUGCAACGUGCUGUCUGCCCAGAUGUUGAAAUUCUGCAGAAGCAAUUUUUCCGAAGUAACCCAGAUAAAUAUACAUGGUGAAGCCAAUCAGAAGAUAGAUGUGUAUGUUGUGGCAGAACUUGUAGCUUCGGCGGAUAACUUUUUAGCUAUGCUCAUGGUGUUCUUAUUGGGAGAGAUUGAAGAACAAUAUUCCGAGUAUGACAUUGUUUCAUUGGUGAAUACCAUAAUACAUAUAAUUGAAAUCUCACCCAGUGCUUCAGAUCAGUUCUGCAUGCAUGGGAUAGCUGGUGCAAUUAAGAACCUGUACUAUAAGUUUGGUCAUUCUUCAUCCCCAGAUACUUUCAUGGCCACCUCUGAACUAGUAUUCUGCAUUUUUCAAGCAGUACACUCUGAAUCCCUCUCCGAUGAUGAACCCUGGGUUGCAAUUGUGGUGAAAAUUAUCGACUACCUGAUUCCCUCAGUAGCUGCAGAUGGAUGGGCUCCAGCAACUCUUAUAUCACUUGGAAUUCUUUCUAUGGUUUUGCACCACUCAGCAAAUCAAGUGAUGGUUGAAGCUUCAAAAACCAUACUCCUUAGUACUCCUUUGUUAUCAUUGGUUAAUACCACAAUCGCCAAUGCCUGUUCCAAGGUACCUUCUCUAGUUGACCAAGACAAAGGAAUGAGAUCAGGAGAAGUUCUUGUUUUUGUGCUUUCGCUGCUUUUCUUCUCUUUGAAAAGUUUGCAUGUUGUUUUACCGGGGAUUAUGGACUGCCAAUAUCUGCUGGAUCCUACCAGCAUUCCACAACCCUGGCCCCAUAUUAGUAUACACUGCCACGAUUUGUGCAAGUUAUUGCAUUUCGGAUCUAUCCCUAUUAAGUUGCUUUCCUCGCAAUACCUGCUGGAGUUAUUCAGCCGGAUAGAAGAUGAGAGGAGUAGAAAACCGGACACGUUAAAAUUCAGAACUCAUUAUUUGUCGUCUGUAAUGGCUGUUUUAGAAGGCCAAAUAUUCUCAAGUGACAUAACAGUCGCAAUGAACUGUUCCCUCUGUUUGUCUAUAAUUAUCCGGUGGCAAGAUGCGGAAAUGGAAGUAUCAGCUAUACAAAGGAGCAACUGGAGUCGCUUUAUAGUAGAAGAGCUAGUGAUGUCUUUGGCAGCACCAUCUUUGGCUUCAAAAGUUUUCAUGCUCCAUUACAAGCCUACAGUUCAUAUUGCAGUUGCACUGCUGAGAAGGAAGGAAAUUCCUCAAUGGAUGGCUUCAAUCUUUGAUGAAUCUUGCAUAUCUGCCAUUACUAGAAACAUUACAAACUGUAAUUUGAGUGCUGAGCUGGUGCUUCUCUUAAGGGAGUUGCUUAAACAUGGUUUUCUGAAUGAUGAACAAAUUGCUGCUCUAAAUAAAGUAUUUCAGGAAUGUAAAAAAUGUAUCUACACAGACAAACUUCAACAUUAUGGGGCAGAGGAGAAGACACUGAACGUAGCAGCUGCUUCAGAUUACUUGGGUAAAGUUUGUCAGUUUCUCAUUAGGCUCAUGACAACUCAACCAUCUAAUAGUGUGGAGUCUAUAAGAUCUGAAAGUGGGAAAAGGGAAUUGUUGGAAGAAAUAGACUUAUUUUCGAAAUGCCUAAUGAGGGAUGAUUAAGACUAAAAGAUCUUUAGAGCAAUACGUUUUGGACAGGACAAAUCUGUUUUGUCAGAAUUACAGUCAAUUAAGCCAGGAUGGAUUUUGCCAACGGAUCGAUUGCAUUUGUUGUUGUUAGCGACAUCUUGCCCCAUUAAACUUAGGUUUUGGCAGAGUAUCACAUACGUUCUUUACCAAGAACAAAUCAGAUUUUUUCCUGUUUUGUCACUCAUAAACUUAAAGGACAAUCGCAUCGCCUAUUAUAAUCCCUAUACCUGUCAUCGGAAAAAGUCUUCCGUACAAUUGGCCAAAUGAAAAGGUACAGUGUGAAAUUUUUAUCUGCGUUUCUUUUAAAGAUAAUACUCCCUCCGGUCCAAAAUAAGUGUAAAUACUUUCAAGAUUUUAUUGAGAUUCUACAAACCAAUGCGCAGCAAUUCUGCUUAUUGUACAUCAGCAAGUUCUACAGAUCAUCUCUACUCUUUAUUUUUACAAAUCAGAAAGAGGGACAAAGAAAGUGGAAAGAAAAGCUAACAAUUGACCUCCCCAAAUCAAAUGGUAGCAUAGGGAUUGGGGCAAGUGCACAAAUAACCAUUCUCAGAGAUGCUAUUUAGAGAUUAGUCGGUACUUAUUUUGUUUUGAAAUUUUAAACUAAAAAUCCUAACUUAAAUUCAGGAUGCACUGGUUAAUUUCUAAAUAGCAGUCCUUUAGAGUGGCUACCUGGUGUCAUUUCUACCUUUUUCUUUCCUACCUGAGAAAACUUGAGCCGGAUAGGCCGUCGUGGCAAAGCCCUUAUAGGUAAACUGUGUAGCGGAAGUCAAGUUAAGCCCGAGAUCGUCGGCCCAUCCCAUGCAAUCCUCCAAUGCUCGACUGGUAAUCUGGUAACAUCAACAACUCAAGCAAGCAAAACAAGUCCUUAAUAAAUGUUGGUUUUCUGGAAAUGCACAUACGAAAAGCUAAAUAAUUGAUGGGACCACUUUCUAGUUUCUCCCACGGAAGUAAUAGUUAUAGUUCCUCCCAUAUAACACUAAUACUCCUUUGCAUGAAAAAGAUAGCCCACCAAUAAUGUAACUUAAUUUAAUGCACCUUUGACUGCUAAGGCAAACACAUACUAUACUUUGUAUCCUAAUUUGCAUAUACAUCAAAGCUAGAGAAAAUGAUCAUCAAGAUCUAGA